CCCUCUCAGUUGACUUAUAGCCGUCGCGAGUGAGCGCUGUGUCGUCAUGUGUCGUUCACCAACUUUCUCGAGUAGUGAUGUGAUACGGUAUCACGAUAUACACAAAAUAUUUAUGUAGAUACUAGUAAGUUUUUUGACAGUGUGAAUUAAAGUGAAUAAAAUAACUUUUAAGGAAAUGUUAUGGUGAUUAAUAUUUAAAGAAUAAAAACUUUGUCAAAAUGAAGUGGUUCGUAGUAGCAGUGACUGUGAUGGUGACGAAAACUAUCUUAGCUGGGAUUGCGCCUCCUGGAUCAUGUCCAGCUGUUUGUGGGUGCAAAUGGAAAGGUGGAAAACAGACCGUGGAAUGUGUAGAUCGAGCUCUAAUAACUAUACCGGAGCCCGUCGAUCCUGCUACGCAAGUACUUGACCUUUCAGGGAAUAACUUACAGAUUCUUCCUCAAGAAGCUUUUGCAAAAACGGGCCUCGUUAACCUUCAGCGAGUAUAUCUCCGAAACUGUAAUAUAGGGCAAAUAAACGACCGGGCAUUUAAAGGUCUAACUAACUUAGUGGAAUUGGAUCUCUCUUAUAAUUUACUCACUCAGAUACCUUCAAAUAGCUUCAAGGAUGCGCCUUUUCUUAGAGAUCUUAUGCUCUCUAAUAACCCUAUAUUGAAGAUACAUUCGGAAUCUCUCCAUAAUUUGGGAAGUAUCGUUAAGCUGGAUUUGUCAAGAUGUGAUAUUAGAGAUAUUGCAGCAGAUGCAUUUAAAAACUUACAUUCAUUAGAAUCUUUAAAGCUGAAUGGUAAUAGUUUGCGUGACUUACCUUUAACCUCCUUAGAAAAGCUAGAAAAACUACGAGUUAUUGAUUUAUCUGAAAAUCCUUGGACAUGUACUUGCCGGCUACGUGACUUAAAAAUGUGGCUUUCAAAACAUAAGCUAUUCUCAUCUCCCAGUUGUUCGUCACCGAGUCGUCUUGCAAAUAAACCAUUUUCGGAACUAUCUCUUGAGGAAUUUGCUUGUAAACCAGAAAUAUUACCCAUUAAUAGAUAUGUGGAAGCAACUGUAGGAGAAAAUGCUACAAUUGUUUGCAGAACAGAAGCUAUUCCAAGUCCUAAUAUAAAUUGGUAUUGGAAUGGACGCCUUCUACAAAAUGGAAGUAGUUUCAAUUCACAUCAAAGAAUCUUUAUUUAUGAAGCUGGUGACCGGAAAAAAAGAUCCACUCUCGUUAUAACGAAUACACAAGACACAGACUUUUCUGAAUUUUAUUGUGUUGCCGAGAACAAAGCAGGGAAUGCUGAAGCUAACUUCACAAUACAUGUCACUCAAAUGACUGCUGGAAUGGCGUCUUUAGGAAGCGCCCAAAUUGCGAGCCUGGGAGCUGCAUUGUUCUUAGUUAUAAUUGUGAUUUCAUUAGGACUGCUUAUUACUUUCGUGCGAUUCCGGCCGGCUCCGGCUUGUGAAAGUAAAACGCCAAAUACGUUAGACAGAGUUGUAUCUGGCAAUGAAGUUCAUCCUACCGUAACAGACAGGCCCCAUGUAGCUGUGUUGGCUAACAGACAAGAAUCUCCAAAUUAUGAUGAAACAAAAUGCAACCCAGUACUUAAGCCUCCAAGAACGAAUGAUAUACCUUAUACAACUAAUCAUUAUGAAGGUCGGGGUAGCUUAGUCCAGGCAAUGGGACCGCCUGUUGUAUCUCCCACCGUCUCCGGAGGUAUCGAUCCCGACCUCAUUAACGAUACGAGACCCGAUAGCGUCAAUCGACCAGGUAGCGGAGAAUAUGCGCGUGAAGCUUCCGAUUCAUUAUAUCCAUCCGGUCUGUGGGAUCAAAUAAAAAUGAAUCAGGCUAACAACUUGGCACGAGCGAUCAGUUCCGCAAUUCCAGCAUAUUAUAACGAUCGCACACAUAUUGAAAACAGUAGUGUUAACGGCUCUCAAGAAGAGCUUGGCUAUAUGAGUCGUACCUUCCCACGAUCCCAUGCAAUGGCGGCAGCUAGUACAGCACCAGGUGAUGCUCCUUAUCCUGCUGAUUAUGGAUUGCCAGUUGGCGGUGCGCGCACACUACGUGUGUGGCAGCGUGCUCCGCCAGUGCUACCCCCAGUCUCGGCAUUGAAACGUGUGCUAACUAUCACGAGGCCAUCGGAGGAUGGUUUUCAGGAUGGCUGUGCUACAGAUGUUUAAAAUGAUGUAUUAUACCAAAUGUAUAUUGUAAAUAAUAAAUUAAACGCAGUAUAUGUAAACAGGUCAUGUAAUAGAUUUUGUAUUAUAUAAUUUAUUUAGUUAUAAUUAGUGGAAGGUUACAUUGGAUCCAAUGUAAAGGAUCUACGACUGAUUAGUUGAAGAAAGUAAGUUAUACAGAACGGUAUUUAUAAGAUCGCCAAAUGAUUAAUUAAAAUUACUGUAUGUAAUAUAUCAUGGAUGUUGAAAUUCUGAAUAGAUGUUACAUAAUAAUAAAUGUCGUAAUAAGAACUAUUGAAGCGAUAUAUCCAAAGAAAUUUCCCUUAAAAAAUACAAUAAUGUUUAUAGCUAGGUAUUAUUGUUGUAAUGCACGGUGAAUGUUAUUUGAUGUAAGAUAAAUAAUUUAAUGUAAAUGAGUAUUUUAUGUUGAAAAAUAUGAUGGGAAAUAAACAAGGCGAUUAUAAAACUAA